CACAAACGAGAAAGAAAAAUCUAUUUUUUUUGGAUUGUAGGAGGGUUUCUUAUCGCUGUUCUUGUUAAGAAAUUCUUUGACAGCAUAAGUUCUCGCGCCAGGGAGAGAACGAGCGACGUAGCAUCUGCGGCGGAACAGAGCUCUUGUUCCUCUUCCCCUGCUUCAUCGUUUCCCGCUGGAUGGGAUUACGAAGUGUUCUUGAGCUUUAGAGGUCCAGACACUCGCAACAAUUUCACUGGCCACCUAUAUAACGCUUUGAUUGAUGCUGGAAUUCGUACUUUCAUCGAUGAUAAUGAGCUCCGCAUCGGAGAGGAAAUCGGACCGGAGCUGCUCGCUGCAAUCAAACAGUCGAGAAUUUCUGUUCCCAUCUUCUCGAAGAACUAUGCUUCGAGCAAAUGGUGCCUCAUUGAGCUCGCCAAGAUAGCUGACUGCAAAAGAGAGAUGGGUCAACUUGUUCUUCCCAUUUUCUUCCAUGUUGAACCCUCGGAAGUCAGGAACCAGACUGGGAGCUAUGCAAGGGCUUUUCGGGAACACAACAAGCGUUUCAAAAGGGAGAUCGUGGAGGGGUGGAAGCAGGCUCUCAGAGAGACUGGAUCUUUGAAAGGAUGGGACUUGAAGAACAUUGAGAAUGGGCACGAAGGGAAGCUAGUAAAAUUAGUUGUCAAAACAGUUUGGGGUAAAUUGAAAAGGAUCCCCUUGAUUGUUUCUGACAAGCUGGUCGGUAUCCAACCUCAUGUAGAAGAAAUGAUGAAGUUGUUGAACAUUGAAUCUAAAGAUAUACAAAUUUUGGGGAUACAUGGUGUUGGUGGUAUUGGCAAGACAACCAUUGCAAAGGUUGUGUACAAUACAAUCUCUCAUCACUUUGAUGGAUGUAGCUUUCUUGCAGAUGUCCGAGAAACUUCUCAACAACAACAUGGAGGUCUUAUCCGUUUGCAAAAUCAACUUAUCUCCAACAUCUUGAAACAAGAAGCAAGCAUCAAUAAUGUUGAUGAAGGAAUUAAUGUGAUCAAAGAAAGAUUCCGUAACAAGAAAGUUCUUAUUAUUCUUGAUGAUGUGGAUCAAAUUAUUCAAUUACAUGGAUUAGUUCAGCAGCUUGAUUGGUUUGGUUUGGGGAGCAGGAUUAUUAUCACAACCAGAGAUAAGCACAUCUUAUAUGUUUACAAAGUAGACAGGACUUAUGAGCCCAGUGAAAUGGAUGCAGAUCAAUCUCUUCAACUACUUAGCAAACAUGCCUUUGGAAUUGACCAACCUCCAGAAGAAUAUUUGGACCUCUCAAAAGCGGUGGUAAAAACUACAGGAGGACUUCCCUUGGCUCUUGAGGUAGUAGGUUCAUCUCUUUUUCGCAUGAGGAAACCAGUAUGGAUAGACACAUUAAAGAAGUUGGAAAAAAUUCCUCAUACGGAAGUCCAGAAGAAGUUGAGAAUAAGUUAUGAUGGUUUAGAUUAUGAGGAGAAAGAGAUUUUUCUUGAUAUUGCUUGUUUUUUCGGAGGAAUGGAUAAGUAUAUUGCGUGUUACAUAUGGCAUGGGUGUGAUUUUUUUCCUGAGACAGGAAUUGAGGUUCUUUGUCUAAAAUCUAUGGUAAAGAUUGGUGAAAACAAUGAGUUAAGAAUUCAUGAUCAGCUUCGAGAUCUUGGAAGGGAAAUCGUACGUCAAGAAAACCAUAAGGAGCCAGGGAAACGUAGUAGGAUUUGGUCUCAUGAGGAAGUCUUGAAAAUAUUCAAUCAACAGCUGGGGACAAGAAAAGUUGAAGGACUUAGCAUUGACUUCGGACAUAGAUCAAGGAGCCAAUGUUUGAUAAGUGAAGGAUUUGAUGCAAUGACUAGACUGAGGUUACUCCAAGUUGAUUAUGCACAUUUUUCUCAAAAUUUUGUGCAUUCAUUUUCAGAACUGAGAUGGCUUUGCUGGAAAGGAUGCCCUUGGGAAUUUACACUAACUAAUUUUCAUCCAAUGAAUUUGGCUGUUCUUGAUCUGUCAGACAGUGAAGUCUCACAAAACUGGAUGGGUUGGGACCAUAUCAAGGUGGCUGAAAAUCUCAAAGUUCUAAAUCUCACGAGGUGUGGACAACUAUCAAUAACCCCUGAAUUUUCUGCAAAUCUAUGCCUGGAGGUAUUGAUUCUUAAAGACUGCAAAAAUUUGGUUAAGAUUGACCCCUCCAUUGGUCAUCUUAAGAGUUUAGUCACAUUGAAUAUGAAGGACUGCAGCAGUCUAGUGGAUCUGCCAGUUGAUAUUUGUGAGUUGAACUCUCUCAGAAACCUCAACUUAAAUGAGUGUGCGAGUCUCAACAAGUUGCCAGAAAAACUGGGCUGCAUGGAGAGCUUGACGGAGCUUUGCAUUGAUGGUUCUUCUAUGAAAAAGUUACCUGAUUCCAUGGGUCAUCUGAAAAAUUUAGAAACUUUUACUGCCAGUUUUUGUGUUAUCCAGGAAGGGGGAAUUCCUGGUGUUAUAGGGAGCCUAUCGUCUUUAAAAAUACUGAGACUAGAUGGGAAUGCAUUUUGUAGCCUUCCAACAACAAUCUCUAGCCUUUCUUUGUUGCAAGUACUUGAUUUAAAGCGGUGCAAUGAUCUUCAGUCACUCCCAGAGCUUCCUUCAAGUUUGAAAUACUUAGAUGCUUCAGGAUGCAGAUCGCUGAAAUCACUCCCAAGGCUUUCAAACCUAACAAAUUUAGAGGUAUUGUGCCUUGAUGUCUGUAAGAGUCUGGUAGAGAUUCCAACUACAGUCAAUGGUCUUACAAGACUCAAGAUACUCAGUUUAAAAGUUUGCCGGAAGCUUCAAUAUAUCUCAAAUCUUCCCUCAAGUUUAACCGGACUAUAUGUUGCAGAUUGCAAUUCAAUUCAGUACAUCUCAGAUGUUCCCUCAAGUUUAACAAUCUUAGAUGCUGCAGAUUGCCAUUCAAUGGAAAAACUAUCAGCUUUGUCGUGCUUGAAAAAUUUGGAGAGAUUAAAUCUUGAUGGUUGCCAGAGACUUGCAGAAAUUGAAUUCCUCGAUGGAUUUGACUCCUUGGAGCUGUUGACGAUGGAGGACUGCAGAUUGUUAAGAAAAAUGCCAAAGCUUUCAUACUCAAAAAAACUGAAGGAAUUAAUAUUCAGUGGCUCCAGCAUUUUGUCAGAGAUUGAGGACCUUGAGGGGUUGGACUCCCUGGAGCUGUUGACGAUAAUGCAGUGCCAGUCAUUAAAAAAAAUUUCGAAACUAUCAGACUCAAGAAGACUUCGAGUAUUAGAAAUCUAUGACUGCAAGGAGUUAUCUGAGAUUGAGGGCCUUGAGGAUUUGGAAUCUCUGACAAUAUUGAAGAUGAUUGGGUGUCCAUCAAUCAAAAGAUUACCAGAUUUAUCGAAUUUGAAGAAAUUGGAGGAAUUAUAUAUAGAACCUCGUGAGGAAUCGGGCAUGCUAAAGCUAUCAGAAAUUGGAUCCCUUGAGGGAUUGGAAUCCUUAAGAGAAUUGUGGAUUACUGGUGCCAUCUCAUUAAAAACAUUACCAGAUGUGUCAACCUUGAAGAACCUAAAAUCCAUACUACUCGGGCGGUUAUACUCAAUGGAAAGAUUACCAAAUCUUUCAAACUUUAACAAGUUAAAGGAAUUAUGGAUUGAGAAAUGUGGGAAGUUAACUGAGAUUCCAGGUCUUCACAGGUUGGAGUCCUUGCAAAAAUUGGAAUUAUGCGGGUCUACGACCAUUGAAAGAUUACCAGAUCUGUCAAAUUUAAAAGACUUGGAGUAUCUAUGCAUCACAGGCUACAAUAAGCUAACUGAGAUUCCAGGCCUCGACAGAUUGGAAUCUUUAGAAAACUUGUAUAUUCGUGAGUGCAUGUCCUUGGAAAGAUUACCAGAUCUGUCAAAUUUAAACAAGUUACUGAAAUUAUGCAUUGAAGAUUGUGAGAAGCUAACUGAAAUUCAGGGAGUUGAUAAAUUGGAAUCCUUGGAAGAACUGAAACUCUGCAUGUGUACAUCCAUUGAAAGCUUACCAGAUCUCUCAAACUUAAGAAAGUUGAAGUAUCUCCACAUUACACACUGCAAGAAGUUAAUCAAGAUUCAAGGUGUCGAUAGAUUGGAAUCAUUAGAAAGUUUGGAUAUUAAUGGGUGCAUUUCCAUUAAAAAUUUUCCAGUUCUCUCCCACUUAAGAAAUUUGACUGAUCUACUGAUGGGAGACUGAAAGAAGCUAAGAUUCUAGUUGCUGACUUAUUGGAUCCUUGGGGUUUUUGUGUGUAUGUUGAAGGGAGCAUAUCCAUGGUGAGACAAUGUGAAAGCCCUUGAGCAUUAUGAACUGUGUAACAUUGAGGAAGGGCACAGGAAACUCCUAAGAAAGAGUUUAAGCCAUUAGAUAUGAGAUACAUAAUCAAAAUCUUUAA